AUGAAUCACACUUCGCAACAGGUGAUUGAAGUUCCCGAGAAUUUCGAGAUGGUUGACAUUAAUCAUUUGACACACAUGAUCGCCGACAUGUUAGAUCGUCUAAUUGCUCAUAACGAUCAGAUUCCUCUGACACCUUCUAGCAUAUCUCGUUUCCAUUCUAGAGCAAGACCUUCCAUCUCAGUUUCUGACUACCUUUGUCGUAUAGUAGGCGGAAUAACCACCCAAGAACUCAACACUCUAGAGUUGGAAUUCUUACCACUUAUUGAUUGGCAGUUGAUCUGCACCAAGGAAAUAUUGCAACAAUAUUAUGUCAACCUAGUUAAUCAGAACCCCAACUAUAGGAGGUUUGUUUCCUCAGAGUCUGAAAUUUGA